AAACCCUAUAGGUUUUCGACGCAAGUCGAAAACAAGUUUUCUACCCUUUUCUACCAAGGUAAAUUACCUAAGGUUUUCUACUGACCCAACCCUGGUUAGCAGUAAACAAAUCCUCCAAACAAGAAAGAAGUUAGCUUUGAAUAAACGUCAAAAAUUUCAAAAACUUCCAGAAUGAACAAAUUAAAUGUUUAAAAAUGUUGUAAGGUAUUUACGUAGUUUGAAAGAAAGAAAAAUGCCAAAUUUACGAUACUUCAUCAACGAUUACCCGGAUUACAACGCAAAAAGCGAUGGUAUACCUGAUAUGCCUCGCGAAGAACUGAAAUUGAAAGUAAACGAAAUUAUUAAAAGAAUUGUGCACAAAUUACAACCAAUAGAGAAAAAUGCAAGCGAGGGUGUGUAUCAAGGCACAGCAGGAAUAUCUUACAUGUUCUAUACCCUGAGCAAAAAUGCUAUGUUCCAAGAAUCACAAAACAAUUUGUUGGGUGAAGCAGCCAAAUACCUUAAACCUGCAAUAACUGUGGCCACGUACAACACCAGACAUCCCUCCGAUUUGCCUUCUUUUAUUUUGGGCAACAGCGGAAUUUACGCAGUGUCAGCAGCCAUUUACGAGGCACUGGGUGACACAAAUCAAAGCAAAUUGUUUGUGCAGCUUUAUCAUGAAGCUGGAAGGGUUUGCAAGGAGCCCAAGUUUUUAAACUGUGGGUGUGAUGAACUCUUUGUUGGAAGAGCAGGUUAUAUUUUGGGAGCAUUAUGGCUAUCAAAAGAGACAAAAACCGAGUUGAAAUUGGCUGACUUGAGUGAGAUUUGUUCCAUGAUGGUGGCAUCUGGCAGGGAGUAUUCAAAACAACUGAAAAGCAUAUGUCCCUUAAUGUACUCAUACUACCAAAUGGAAUAUAUAGGGGCCGCCCACGGUCUUUCCUCGAUUCUGCAGGCCUUGAUGUCCGUGCCGGGAUAUUUGAACGCUCAUCCUGACGUCAAGGAUGACGUCAGGAAUUGUGUGGAUUAUGUUUUGGGAAUGCAAACUUUAGAAGGUAAUUUCCCGGCCGCAACAGACGAAGUAGGUAUGGGCAGGGAAAACUCCGGUUUGGGUUCCGACUUGGUCCACUGGUGCCAUGGUGCACCCGGUGUGGUAUACAUGAUGGCCAAGGCCUACCUGACAUUUAACGACAUCAAGUACUUGAACUCUUGCAAACUCAUGUCGGAUUUAAUUUGGAACAAAGGCAUGCUGAAAAAAGGCCCUGGUAUUUGCCACGGCGUGGCCGGCAACGGAUACGUUUUCUUGUUGCUCUACAGGCUUACUGCUAACCUCAAGUAUUUGCACAGAGCUAAUUGUUUUUGUCGUUUCAUGGAUACUGAGCGGUUUAAAACAGAGGCCCGGAUCCCGGAUUAUCCCUACAGCUUGUACGAAGGUUUGGCUGGCACAGCUUGUUAUUUGGCCGAUUUGGCGAAUCCCACGGAAGCGCAAUUUCCCUUUUCAGAUGUCUUCUUACUUAUGGCCUAAGUUUUUAAUUAAAUCGUGUAAAUAAAAUAAAUUAUUGUUGCCAAGUCUCUAUUUAUUAAAUAAAAUUAACAUUAC